AUGUUAUUGGGGACCCUCACAGUCCGAGAGACCCUAACAUACUCGGCCCACCUAAGGCUCCCGACCUCCAUGACCAAACACGAGAUACGAGCCGUGAUAAACAACACUAUCUCGGAGGUCGGCCUGCAGGAGUGUGCCGAGCGCAGAGUAGGCAACUGGCGGCUGAGGGGCAUAAGCGGCGGCGAAAAGAAAAGGCUGAGUAUCGCGCUCGAGAUUUUGGUGCAGCCACGCAUACUGUUGCUGGACGAGCCCACCACAGGCCUCGAUAGUGCAGCCUCAUUCUUCUUGGUACAGGCCAUCAAGGAUCUUGCACAGGAUGGGAGGACCGUGAUCUUGUCCACUCACCAGCCGAGUAGUCAGGUUUUUGCUCUCUUUGAUGACCUCUACUUGCUUUCAGGGGGCGAGACCGUCUAUUUUGGGGAAGCUCCGAUGGCGGUCAAGUUUUUUGCCGAAGUAGGAUUUCCAUGUCCGAGUAAGAGAAACCCUUCGGAUCAUUUUCUGCGCUGCAUCAACUCCGAUUUUGACCUCGUCAUUGCCAAAUUAAAGAGUUCACAAAGACUUUGUGACAGACAAAUAGCAUCAGAUCCUUUGAUGAAUUUGACAGCGUCCGACAUAAGAUCAACUCUUGUUGAGAAAUACAAGCAAUCAGAAUAUGCAAAAAUGGCAAGAAUCAAGCUUCACGAAUUCUCCAAAAACCAAGAACUUGAACUUGAAACACUUAGAGGAAGCCAAGCAACGUGGUGGAAGCAGUUGUCGACAUUGACACGAAGGUCGUUCGUGAACAUGUGUAGGGACUCUGGAUAUUACUGGUCCCGGUUAGUCACGUACACAAUUGUUUCUCUAUGUGUCGGGACUUUAUUCUAUGAUGUGGGCACAAGUUACACGGCCAUAUUUGCAAGGAGAGGAUGUGCUGGUUUCAUGGUCUGCUUUAUAUCUUUCAUGUCCGCUGGAGGUUUCCAAUCCUUUGUCGAGGAAAUGAAGGUGUUUUUUCGAGAAAGGAUUAACGGGUAUUAUGGCGUAGGCGUGUUCAUACUGUCAAACUUCGUCUCAUCUUUCCCGUUCUUGGUUGCAAUGUCGGCAGUUAGUGGGUCAAUCACGUAUUACAUGGUAUUCGAGGCCGAAUUUUCUCGUUUCGUGUUUUACUCUCUCAAUCUGUUUGGAUGUAUAGCUAUGGUGGAGAGUGUGAUGAUGACUGUGGCUGCUUUGGUUCCUCAUUUCUUGAUGGGCAUUCUAACUGGAUCUGGAGUUCUUGGGAUUAUGAUGAUGACAUCCGGUUUCUUCAGAUUCUUGCCCGACCUUCCGAAGCCUAUUUGGCGAUAUCCUGUUUCGUUCAUCGGGUACGGUUCGUGGGCACUUCAGGGAGAAUACAAGAAUGCAUUGAUCGGGCUCAUGUUCGACCCCAUAAUGCCCGGUGACCCUAAAAUAACGGGCGAAUAUGUGGUGAAGAAUAUAUUUGGAGUCUCGUUAUCUCAUUCAAAGUGGUGGGAUUUAGCUGCCCUGCAUCUCCUCUUUGUGACUUACCGAGUAAUGUUCUUCCUUCUCCUCAAGUUUAAGGAGACUCGACUCGCAUCCAUCUUUCGUUCGGUUUUUGACAAGAGAAUCUUACGUUAUCUCAAAAGACAUCCUUAG